GCCGCUCCUCCCGGGCUCCCGGCCUCGGCUCCGCGCGGACGCCGAGGAGAUGAGUGCGGCCACGGCGCCGGCGCCCGAGCGCGGCUGGAAGAGCGAGAAAGUGGAUGAGGCGCAGGCCCUGGCGCGGAGCUGCGCCGCCCGCCGACCCGACUUCCAGCCGUGCGACGGGCUGUCCAUCUGCGCCACGCACAGCCACGGCAAGUGCUUCAAGCUGCACUGGUGCUGUCACCUAGGAUGGUGUCACUGCAAAUACGUGUAUCAGCCUAUGACCCCUGUGGAGCAGCUACCAAGCACCGAGAUCCCUGCCAGGCCUCGAGAACCCACAAACACCAUUCAGAUCUCUGUCUCGCUCACAGAACACUUUCUGAAACUUGCAUCUGUCUUCCAGCCUCCCCUUCCCCCUGACUCCCCGAGGUACUGUAUGAUCUCAGACCUCUUCAUCGACAACUAUCAGGUGAAGUGUAUUAAUGGGAAGAUGUGCUAUGUGCAGAAGCAGCCAGUGCCGCACUCCCACAAGCUGAGCCCCGAGGAGGUCUCUGCACACGAUGCCUUAAUUUCAAAAGAGAGCAAUACACCAAAAAUAGAUCACUGCUCUUCUCCCUCGAGUUCUGAGGACUCCGGGAUCAAUGCCAUUGGAGCCCACUAUGUGGAAUCGUGUGAUGAGGACACGGAAGAAGGAGCAGAACUGAGUUCCGAGGAAGAUUACAGUCCUGAGAGCAGCUGGGAGCCGGAUGAGUGCACCCUUCUCUCCCCUUCCCAGUCUGAUCUGGAAGUGAUUGAAACAAUAGAAACCACUGUGUGAGUCCAGGGGGGCCUCGGCCUCGGCCUCGGCCUCUGCUCCGCACUGGACUCCUUACUUUUGUCUGUUGGAUCCUUUUCCAAUGCUAUUGGUAUUUUCUAUCCCUUCUACCAACCAUAGCAGUUCAGUGGUCUGCUGAUUAGUGUCACUCUAAAUCAGGCUGAUAACUUAGACAGUUUUUAUUGUAAUGGUUUUCUUUUGUAUCUUUUUAUGUAGCAUCUGGUGUCAGGAAUUGUGACCCAACCUUAAUUUCACUGGGAACUUUGAAAGCAGCGACGAUCACAGAACACACUGGAUUGGAUGGAGGAGCUACCCAGACUGCACAGCCAGUCCUUUGCAGAAAGGCUCCUGUCUUUUUGGCAUGGUCACUGCACCCUUGUCCUGCUAGUUCCCCAGGGGAAGCAGUUUGCUCCCUCGGGGAACAGUGGUCCAUGUCGCUCUCCCCUUCCCCCUUGUCCCUACCACCUGUCCUGGGUCAGCUGCCUCAGCAUACUUCUGGAUUUUGAUAGAGGCCAGUUUGGCCUCUGUGUCCACACACACAACCCUCUGCUACACGGGCUGAGCUACAUCUUCACAUGGGACGAGAUACCACCUCAGUGUCAUGUUCAGUGGAGCUUUAGCUGAGCGCCAGAUACAGAACGGACAAGACCUAAUUCCCACCACGAAGGGGUCUGCAUUUCACGGGACACGCUCAUGGAGAUCAUGGUACCCAGGGACAGAGUUAAGGACUUAGCUAGAGGCAGGUGCUGCAGCGUUGGAGCUGGCCUCAUGGAUGGGUUUCCCGGCAUUUCUCUGCUUUUCCUUAUUUUUCAAACCUUGGGAAACAUUUAAGAACUUAGAUCGGUAUUGUAAUUAUGAGGCAGUCACAUCUGACAUCUUAAAAAAAUCAAUAGUUUUUAGUUAGCAUGGAAAUGCUAAAAGAUGAAAGUCCUUUAGGGAUUAGGAAUGAAUCUAAUAGGUUUGAUUAAUUCUGCUUCAUUUGGUUAUAUGAAGCAUUAGAAUGGGUUAGAUGAGAAAUGGAUUAGAAUUCAGUUUAUGAUGCAUGGAUUUUUUUAAUGAAAAUGGAAAAAGUUGAACUAGUUCACUUCUAAGGAGAAAAUAUUUUGUGUAUUAUUCACUUUACCACAUGAAUGUUCACGGUCCGCAUAGUCCACGUAUGUGCCCCUUUCUCACACACACGAUAGUGAACACUUCUUCCUUAUACAGCUCUCUUCAGAACGCUCGUCUCCGUAUUGCCAGAGAUCCUCAUGUGAGUUGCAUAUCCACCACUUCCCUAAAUCUGUCUGUGAGGCGCAGUGAACCCAGGAACUUCCAAGUGCCACCUGAUGACAUGAGAAACGUCAGCCGGAGCGGAGCGUGUCUUCGUCCCGACUCUUCCUAGCAUAGUGGCAUUGUCAAUCUGUGUUCGGGUGGUGUCGCAGCACAUCUUUGUCACAUUAGUUUGUAUUUUAGGAGAGUAGAUCUAGUUCCUUUGGGAUCUUCUCUGAGGCCUCCAUUUUGUACCCUCCACAAAGUACUCAAGGAGGAGUUUGUUUUCUGCAUUGUGUAGUUUAAUGUUUACUAGAAAUUUUUAUUAGAUUUAGGUGUCCAAAAUAUCUGUAGGACUUCAAAGGCAGAGUAUAUAUGCCUUU